CACUUGGCACCCGUGUUUAUUAGUAGCGUUAUCCCGCAAGACGGGGUUGACAAGACACAAAUGUUUGUUCGAUUAUCGAGGACUCAUUGUGCGUAAAAUGUAUGUAUACAGAUCAAAUUAACGUUAAUAAUCAAGCCUAUAUAAAGUAUAAUGAUAUCUCAGUGAAUCCUAAAACUAUUAAUACGUAUAAAGUGAAUCUGAUUGGCACCAUUAAAACCUCUACUCUUAUUAUGAGAGACCGAGGACUCCUUAAAAGCUUUAAAAAGAAACCAUCUUCAUCUAAACUGAGGUUUCUUUGGAGAUGAAAAGGUAUGUCAAUCAAAACCACUAUCUACAUGUAUAUUAUUACUGAACAAUACUCUUACAAGAGUUGAUACAUAAUGUUUGAAAUUUACGAAUACAACACUGUAAUGUGAAUAUUAAAACGAAGUGUAUGUGUUGACUACACGGUGACAAAGCUCAGAAUGUCUUUCUAUACACUCUACCUUCACCACGAAAACAUCCACUCACUCACAUAACUCUACAUUGAACUGAACUCAUCGUUCAGCCAAUAGAAAGCAUUUAUGUUCUAAAGUCGCUACGCUCCACCGAACAUAAAUAGGCAUUCUAUUUUCUCAUCACUACCCGUCAUUCAACAUAACACCAACUUUCAGUUUCAAGGAAUGAGAGCACUUGGCACACAGAAAAUCUAAAGAACGGGAAAGAUAUAGAACAAUAAAUUGAUUAUGUCAAUUUGAAUCCACAGAUUCUAGAUACCAACACUUUAUAGAUAAAAGUAUCAGUCUUCGGCAGAAAUACUUAUUCAACAAUCCUGUCUUUAAAUGUCGGUCAGUAUUUGAAUUAUUUUACACUGAACCAAUGCUAAAAUAUAAAGUCAUCUCAAUGUAAAGCAAAAAGCAGCAAACCCUAAGUUACACAUUGCAAUGUCUCCAAGAGGUAUAAAGUUCAAUGAUCGCUUCGUGUUAGGAAGAAUCAUAACAAACAAUGCUGUAACUGGCUCCGUCUGCGAUUGUUUGAAUAUCAGUUCAAAUGUCCCAUCGCUGAUAUAUUUGACUGAUGUUGAAUCACAAAUGUUAUGAAGUCCAUAUGACGUAUAUCCAUCCUAUGUCAGAUUUGACAACAUAUUUGUCACAAGACAAUUGUACAUUCUUUCAGUUGUGUUGAUCAGCCCUUUAGCACAACGGUGCUUGCAACAUCUGUGCCAAAAUCCCUUAGUUCGGCAUAUAAACAUCACUUUACUUUAAUUACUGCUCUACCAGCCUGGAAAUAUAUCCAUUAACAAAUUUUAAAUGUAUAAUUACAACAAUAUCUUUAACAAUAAAUCUAUUCGUGAACGAUUCACUGAUUUUCCAACAGCUCAUCUGCAAUUCAGCAAUAUCUAAAGAAAAUUUUUCAAUAUAAAUGGACACCAUCCAGAUCAAAAUACCUGAAAAGUAAUUGACCAAUGAAAUACAUAUAGAAAUCAUCAGGUUGUAUAUUGCCUAUCAUGACAUGUUUACCUGUGAAUUGUAAUUAUUAUGCAGUGGUACAUUACACACGUCUAAACUAUAAACUUGUGUCAGCAUAUACAUCGUAAUCUCACAUAUAUAGAAAUGUCGUUAGCAAUUCUCAUUUUGUGCACUAUCAUAUAUAACCUGGUGUAUUCACGUGCAUUUCUCAAUAUGUUUAUCUGAAUAUCUCUGCGAGUUUACCUAAACAUCUCAAUGUUUACCUGAACAUCCCAAUGUUUUUGCCUAUACAUUUCAAUGUGUUUACAUACACAUCACAUUACAUCUGUAUAUCCCGUAUGUUUCAAGGAUUUUCCAGUUUUCUUGCCCGCGCAUUACAGUUUGCUAACCUUCAAACCACAGUGUGCUUACCUUCACAUCAUAUUGUGAUUAACUGCAACCAUGGUGUGCAUAUCUACACAUCAAGAUGUGCUUACCUACACAUCACUGUGUACUUACCUGCACAUCACGAUGUGCUUACCUGCACAUCACAGGGUGCUUACCUACACAUUACAGUGUGCUUACCUACACACCACUAUUUACUUACCUGCACAUCACGAUGUGCUAACCUGUACAUCACAGGGUGCUUACCUACACAUUACAGUGUGCUUACCUACACAUUACAAUGUGCUUACCUACACAUUACAGUGUGCUUACCUACACAUUACAGUGUGCUUACCUGCACAUCUCGCUGUGCUUACCUGCACAUCACUGAUACCCUGCACAUCAUAACGUGCUUACCUGCUCAUCAAAGUAUGCUACCCUGUACAUCACGUUGUGUUACCCUGCAUAUCACGGUAUGCUACCCUGCACAUCGCUGUGUGCUACUCUGCACAUUACAGUGUGCUUACCUGCACAUCACAGUGUGUUACCCUGCACAUCACGGUGUGCUAGCCUGCACGUUGCGGCGUGCUAAUAUACACAUCACACUGUGUUACCCUGCACAUCAGGGUGUGCUAAUCUGCACAUCACAAUGUGCUACCCUGCACAUCACGGUGUGCCAGCCUGCACGUCACGGCGUGCUAAUAUACACAUCACACUGUGUUACCCUGCACAUCACGGUGUGCUAACCUGCACAUCACGGUGUGCUAGCCUGCACGUCACGGCGUGCUCAUAUACACAUCACACUGUGUUACCCUGCACAUAACGUUGUGCUAACCUGCACAUCACAGUGUGCUACCCUGCACAUCACGGUGUGCUAGCCUUCACGUCACAGCGUGCUUAUAUACAUAUCACACUGUACUAACCUGCACAUCACAGUGUGCUACCCUGC